AACAAAACCCAAUAUGAAAACACCAAAGUAUUGACAAUGCACAGUUUCAUUAUUUUUAUAAAGCAAACAAAGCACAAGAAAAAAAGAAAAAAAAAGUGUGUACUAGUCUUUGUAGUGGUUUUUUUGAGUGCCCAGAAAAAUGAAUCAAGAAAUGAAUGGGACUGAAGCUAAUCAGAGUCAGAGGUCUCAAGAAAAUGGGCAUGAGAAAAUAGAUUACGUUUUUAAAGUGGUGGUGAUUGGAGACUCUGCAGUUGGGAAAACUCAGAUACUUUCCAGGUUUACCAAAAACGAGUUCUGCUUUGACUCAAAGUCCACCAUUGGGGUUGAAUUCCAGACUCGUACUGUCACCAUUAAUGACAAACUCAUCAAAGCUCAGAUCUGGGAUACUGCCGGCCAAGAAAGGUAUCGAGCUGUAACGAGUGCGUACUACAGAGGGGCACUAGGGGCGAUGCUGGUGUACGACAUAACGAAGAGGCAGAGCUUCGACCACGUGGCGAGGUGGGUGGAGGAGCUGCGAGCCCAUGCGGACAACUCCAUAGUGAUCAUGCUGAUCGGGAACAAGGCUGACCUGGUGGACUUGCGAGCCGUGCCGACGGAGGACGCCGUCGAGUUCGCGGAGGAUCAGGGCCUCUUCUUCUCCGAGACAUCGGCUCUCAGCGGCGACAACGUCAACACCGCCUUCUUCAGGGUGUUGGAGGAGAUAUACGGUGUCGUUUCGAAGAAAACUUUGGAGUGUGGGAAUGGGUCCAAGGCUAAUGGUGUAGACCUUCAGGGUUCAAAAAUUGAUGUCAUUUCUGGGUCUGAGAUGGAAAUCAGUGAGAUGAAAAAGCUAUCUGCUUGUUCAUGUUGAGAUCUGCUAUAGAUAUUAAUUACUCUAUAAUAUAUAUAUUUACAUGAUCAUUUAAUUAAACAAGCUAGGCAGAGCAGUGACUCUAUCUAUAUAAGUCUACGCUUUACUUGGGUUAAUUUUCACUCAUUUUUUAUUUUAACCUUGUUUGUUUAUCUUUUACUUUUUUUGUAUUUUGAAAGUGGAUAUAUUUGAGAGAAGAUAUCUUUGUGGAUGAUGAUUCUGUUUAUAUAGAGUGUGGAAACAUUGUGGAA